GCUGCAACCAAAGAGAUGUUCACUCUGAAAAGAGACCUUUGAGUCUGUCCAGAGUUCGCCAGCUAGAGAGCAGGUGUUUAUACCCCACAGCAGAAGCUGAGAAGCAGUAAAAAGCUUGCUUCUCUCCACUGCCCACGAAAUGUAUUGCUCAGAAAGGAAACUCUUCAGUCAAAUCUUACGUCUCCUGGCAGUGGGAACCAUGAUGCUGUUUGCCACGGUGGUACUGAAAUAUGCCUCUUGGGAGUGCCAGUUCGGUGAUCUGGGCAAAGACACCAAAGAUCCGCAGACUCAACUCUGCAAGGACCAGCUCUACCAGUCUCUGAGACUCUCUCCCAAGAACGACAUCAACUGCUCGCAGCUCACCAGAGGAGAUGCCAAAGCGGUCCAGGAAGCCCUUCUGCGGAGGCUGCAAAAGAAAAACCAGAAGGUCUCCUUAACUGAGAGAGAUUACUUGGCCAUGACCCAGAACUGUGGCAUCUUCAAAGAAAGCAGGAGAUUUAUCCAAUUCCCGCUGAGCAAAGAGGAAGAAGACUUCCCCAUCGCUUAUUCCAUGGUGAUCCAUGACAAGAUUGAGAUGUUUGAAAGAUUGUUACGGUCCAUCUACGCCCCUCAGAAUGUGUACUGUGUCCACGUAGACAGGAAGGCCCCUGAACUUUUCAGAGAGGCAGUUCGAGCAAUCGCCUCCUGCUUUGAGAAUGUCUUUAUAGCAACUAAACUGGAGCAGGUAGUGUAUGCUUCUUGGUCCAGGGUCCAAGCCGAUCUGAACUGCAUGGAAGACCUCCUGGCGAGCAAGGUUCCAUGGAAGUACCUACUCAACACCUGUGGGACGGACUUCCCUAUCAAGACCAACGCAGAGAUUGUCCGUGCCCUGAAAGCUUUGAACCAGCAGAAUAAUAUGGAAUCAGAGAGACCGUCUUCCGGUAAAAUGGCACGUUGGAAAUAUCACCACGAAGUGAAGGAUUCUGUGUUUUGGACCAAUACCGAGAAGAGCCCACCUCCGCACAGCUCCCCCAUGUUCUCCGGCAAUGCAUAUAUCGUGGUCACAAGGGAGUUCGUGCAACAUCUGUUUGAAGACCCUACGGCAAAACAGUUCCUAGAGUGGAGCAAGGACACUUACAGUCCAGAUGAACACCUCUGGGCCACUUUGCACCGGAUGCCGGGAGUGCCGGGGUCAGUGUCUUCCAACGACAAGUACGAUCUCACGGACAUGAAUGCCAUUGCAAGGCUGGUGAAGUGGUCCUAUUUAGAGGGGGAUGUUGGCAAAGGGGCCCCGUACCCUCCCUGCACAGGGGUCUCCCAGAGGGCGGUGUGUGUCUACGGCGUGGGUGACCUCCACUGGAUCAUCCAUCAGCGUCAUCUCAUAGCCAACAAAUUUGAUCCCAUGGUGGAUGAAUCUGCCAUACAGUGUUUGGAAGAGUAUCUGCGGUACAAGGCGAUCUACGGGAAGGAGCUCUGAUGGGCAUUCAAGCCUGUUCACCAAAAAGGGGACGAUCUAGAACCUGACAGCAUUUCAUACGCAGCUCAAUCCCCGUCGUACUCUAACAGCGGUGGUCACUUCUGAUCAGGACUGAAAUGGUGAGAUUUUAACGAGUCAAUGGAUGUCGCAAAGAGCAAGGUAGGGCAUGGGGGGGGGCACAGGAGAGCACCUUGCAAAAUGCCGUUUCAUCGGGAUCAACUUUUGUACACAAAGAAAGAAGCAAUGUGUCACUCACUCGGCCUCUGCCAUCAUUCCCCCUUGUCUGUUCAAUGUGCACACGUAGUAGAAGCAUGCAACAAGGCGGAGAGCCAUGAUUCUGCUCCUCUGCCAUGGGUUCCCUGUCGGAAACUGCUAAAGCUGCACGCAGCAUCACUUUCUGGAAUCCAGGAAUGAGCUGCUAAGAAAAUAAGGGGCUGUCAUUUCUGAAUGUGUGCCUACAAAAUUGUUACACUCUUCCUUGAGCCGUAGGGGUGUUCAGGGCUUUGUGUUUGUUUUGUUUAAAACAAAGCCGGUUUGUUUGAGAUGAAGAAAAAACUGGGAAUAAAUAGAUACCUUGCCUGCGAGGACUGGUCUUUAAAGUUCCUCCAUUCUUUGAGGACCCUCAGUGUCCCCCCUGAGGCUAUUUUUUCACCUCGCUGCAACGUGCUUCGCCUUCACGGCUACUUCUCCAACUGCUAAGCUGUUUGUCAGUCCCCUCUGCUCUCCAGCUCAAGAACGCAGAGAGUGCAACCGACAGACAGUAGCCAGCAGCCAUCAAAAACUAGCCAGUCAAGAAUGCAAACUUGUCCUAGUAAACGCGAUCAGACGAGGUAGCGUUAUAUAGGUUCCAGCUACAGAAAAGGCUAGAGAACAGGAGAUGCCCCAAGAAGGCACUUGCAAACAGUGCCUGGACUAGCCAAGGGAGACAUGUGAAAACUUUUUAAAAAGUUUAUAUUUCCAGUUCUGGGGGAAGGGUUGGCGGGGGCGGGGGGAGAGAUGUUGAGUAAUCUUCCUUUUUGAUGUAAAAAGAGGUUGGACCAGGGAAGAUAAACAGAUAGGCUGCAGAAGGCAGCCAAAACCUGAAGCUUUGUGGGUAAGGGGUGCCAUCUUUUCCUGAAAGAACUCUCAAGUGUUCAACAGGCAGAACUUCAACAGGUAGAUAUGCCCCCACCUUUGCACUGCAUUGCUGUGCUGGAAAAGGUAGGAUUAGUGUAAGAGGAGUCCCCAUGUGAGAAGGGGGGCGACUGCAACGAGCGCUUCUAAGGCUUUGGAAUGGAUGGCUUUUGGAGGCGUCUCCAAAGCAGCACGCCUUCCUGGUGUGUUUCGCACCUUUCUAAUUUGGUGAGGAGGACAGGGAAUAAAGGCGGCCCAGUUUCAUGGGUCCCCUGAUCCAGAUCACUUAAGUCGAUGCUGGCUUCAUGGCCCCCAAUCCUGACAAGUGGGUGCUAAGCACUCUCUCGGAUAACCCCCCUCCCCUCAUAAACCUCAUGCACUUUACCAGCGGAGGGGAAGGAGGAAUAACUUAAACUAGUCUAGGUCUGUAGUGUAGUGUAGAUGUCCUGGGCUGACACAAGAAAUAUUCCUUGUUAAGGGUUUUCUGUCAAUUGCUGCUACAAUAUUGUGUAGUUAUAUGAUCUACAAGAUAUUAUGCGGAUAUGGAGGUGUUCCACCCAUUUUUACAGACGUAUACACGUUUCCAUAAAUGUAAAUCAAGGGCAAAUGUCUUAGGUUUUGUGUUAUUUCUUAUUUAUCAACUUUUAUUUUGUAAAAUUGUAAGUCUGGAUUUAGCUAAGCUCACUCUACAAACAAUGUACAAUAAACUAACAUAACCUCA